GUUUUGUUGUUAAGCACAAAACUGAGCUACACAAUAGGCUCUCUGUAGUGUUCCCACUACUGUUAGAUUUGUCAGCGAAAUGACUAAGGACCGUCUUGCAGCACUCAAGAAAGCGGCCCAAGGAGAUGAAGAUGAAGUGGUGAUCUCGGUGGAAGAAAACACAUUGGAGCAACAUAUGGAAGCAUUUUUCAAAGAGGUUGAAGAAAUAAAGGAAAAUGUGGAUAAAAUUGAAGCAUAUGUAGAAGAAGUCAAGAUAAAACACAGUUCUAUACUUUCUUCACCACAAACUGAUGAAAAGGUGAAGGAAGAGCUUGAAGGUUUAUUGGCUGACAUCAAGAUAUUGGCAAAUAAAGUCCGAAACAAGUUAAAAG